AUGCGUUUACCGACGCUCAGAUUUGCUUCAACUGCCAGAUUUACGAGAUCUCUCUCCACGGUCUCUUCAGCCAAGGCCACCUUGCUGCCGUCAGAUGAACUCAUUGAAGAAGAGAGACAGGAUGAAUACAACCCGCAGGCAUACUACCCUGUGCGACUUGGCGAGGUACUUGGUGGCGUGUACCAGGUUGCGUUCAAACUUGGGUACGGGAGGGGCGCUACUGUAUGGUUGGCGCGGGACACCCGGCGGUGGUGGUGGCAACACGAUCGGUAUGUGGCGAUAAAGGUCACCAGAAACGACAGACUUUUCAGGGCCGCCGCCCUGCGCGAGAUGGAGCUUUUGCGCCAUAUAGCGACUGCGAAUCCCGCACACCUGGGGAGGCAGUGUGUAAGGACAAUGCUCGAUUCUUUUGAGAUAGAAGGACCGCAUGGUCAUCACUACUGCCUCGUGUACGAACCCCUCAGGGAACCUCUGUGGAUGAUGCAACUUCGUACCGGUGGUAAAUACACUCCCUCGACGCUCAAGGCGAUAUUGCAAGCGGUCUUGCAUGGCCUAGACUACCUCCACUCAGAGUGUCAUAUAAUUCAUACUGAUCUCAAACCUGAGAACAUCCUGUUUGGGCUUGAGGAUAUAUCUCUUCUUGAUCGGGCUGUGAAGGAUGAAGCAGAGCAUCCCUCCUCUAGGAAGGUCACCACUGACCGAACGAUAUAUCUCUCGAGAUUCGACGUGGGCCCUCCGAAGACACCUCCAGGACCUCCGAAGAUAGCAGAUUUCGAUCAUUCAUAUCGUGGCGACGGGCAGGAGCUACUUGAAGAUUUUAUUCAGGUGAACCAGUAUCGCGCCCCGGAAGUUGUUAUGGGUAUCCCAUGGUCGUAUAGUGUAGAUAUAUGGAAUUUCGGAAUGAUGCUAUGGGACUUACUCCAAGGUGACACACUUUGCGUGGGCGCGGAGAAGGAGUAUACUCGUGAAGGCCAUCUUGCAGAGCUCAUCGCACUGCUGGGACCUCCGCCAAAGGACUUUCUAGGUAGAGCAAAAUUGGCUCAUUGUUUCUUUGAUGAUAAUGGAGAAUUCAAAUAUGACCACCUGGUCCGAGAUCAUCGGAGUUUGGACGAAUCUGUUACUGUUCUAGAGGGCGAGGAGAAGGCGCUUUUCCUCAAAUUUGCCCGUGGCAUGUUGCAGUGGCUGCCAGAGAAUCGUAAGACGGCAAAAGAGUUACUGAGAGAUCCUUGGCUACAUGACUUUUUGAGGAAUUAA